AUGGCUCAGUCAUCCACUCUCCGGAGAGCACAUCCUGUGGCGGCAUCAUGCGGGGGAGUGAUGGCCGUUUCAUCAGAGCUUUCACUGCGAACCUUGGGGGGGGGGGGGGUUCUAUUACUCGUGCGGAGCUGGCUGGUAUUGUGUAUGGGUUGGAUCUUGCUUGGGAACAAGGAGCCAGGAAAGUUCUUCUACAAACAGACUCAGUGA